AUGCCAGUACCUGUAGGAAAUUAUCAACAAGGUCCCUCAUGUUGGGAUAGAAUGAAAAUGGGUUUUGGUAUUGGAUUUUGUGUUGGCAUGGCAUCGGGUGCAUUAUUUGGAGGUUUUUCUGCUCUCAGGUUUGGAAUGAGAGGAAGAGAACUAGUACAUAGUGUUGGAAAAACAAUGAUUCAAGGCGGUGGUACUUUUGGUACAUUCAUGGCCAUCGGGACCGGUAUUAGAUGUUAA